UUAACGUUGUGUUAUUUUGUCUGAAAGAAAUUUCUUUGGGUGAAAAAUAGAAAUGUUAAAAGUAGCAAAUGUAUAUUUGUUCUGUUUGGCACACAGUGCAUUUGUAACAUCAAUGUUUGUAGCUGCAGCGGAACCACAAUGCUCAUGUAGCGAUUAUUCAAUCGUUGAGAGAAUAACUUUGAUUGAGCACGAGGCAAAGAAGUUGAAACAAGCGACGGAACAAGAUAUCGCAGCACUGAAGCAAAUCAACAACCAGUUUGAGACUAAAUUUAGAACUAUGAGUAAAACUGCUGGGGAUACAUACGCUCGAUGGGGAAGAACGACUUGUCCAGGAAAUGGAACAUCCCGCCUGUACACCGGUUACAUGGCGGGAUCAAGAUAUGACCACAAAGGCACAGGCUCAAACUAUCUCUGUCUAACAAAUGAACCAUUGUGGGACCACUUCGAGGAAUCAGUGGAGAGCAGUGGUAAAAUCACCGGGACAGUGUAUCGGUUUUAUAACCACCGAUCGAACGGGGCAGCGGACUUUCUCGGAGAUAAUAUGUUCAAUCAAAAAGUUCCUUGCGCCGUAUGCCACACGAAGAGAAGCGUUUCCGUGAUGAUUCCAGGAAGAAACAGAUGUUACGAUGGAUGGACGAUGGAAUAUAGAGGUUACCUCGUAUCAGGUGACAAAGGAGAUGCGAGGUCUUCUGAAUAUAUCUGUCUUGAUCGGCGUCCAGAAAAACUCCCUGACGGCAGGACAACGGUAACUGACAAUAGACUUUAUUUUGUUGAAGGAAUCUGUGGAAAAACUCUAACUUGUCCGCCAUACGUCAGUGGCCUUGAAAUCACAUGCGUUGUAUGUUCAAUAUAAUCAUAGUACUUCUCAAACAUUCUUUAUCAAGAUACCGGCUUUCCUAACUAUUCAACCAACUUAGCAAAUAUUUAACAAACAUAGGUUGUGUUAAGGUCUUUGUAAAACUUCUGUGUCACAACAUAUUCCAUAUCGAUGUUAUCAAACAACAAAUCCACGGUAAGCUCACAUUAUUUUUUUCAGUAAAUACAUUAGUUUACAAAGGACAUCUUGCUAAGAAAAUAGCUUGUAUAGUU